GUAUCGCCGACGAACCUGUGUAAAAACAUCACUGAGCCUGCUCUGCGCUGGGAUCGUGUCGGGGUCUUCGGUACCUCCACCCCGAAACAUGGAUAAUCCAUUCUGAGCGCUAGAGCAGAGCGGCCGUGUCCGGAGAUCGCUCGUUCGGGGCGACGCCUACAACUGAGCUCCUGAUCCUAGGGCAGGCAGGCAGAGUGUAAAAUGGCGCACAGCUGUCGGUGGCGGUUCCCUGCUCGGCCCGGAGGGAGCAGCAACUCGGGCACCGGGAGGAAAGCGGGCCGAAUUCGAGUCAACGCUUCCCUCCGAAACAGCGCGGGGACUAACCCGAACGUGAACGGGCUCGGGCCCGGUUUCGACGCUGCGUUGCAAGUGUCCGCUGCUAUCGGCAGCAACCUGCAGAAAUUUCGGGAUGUUUUGGCGGAGUCGAGCGGCUCCAGCAGCGGGGAGGAGGAAUUUGGAGGCUUUAGCACAGUCAGUGACAACAGAACAAUACACAGCCCAGGAAGGACGUCAAUAGGCUCCAUCUCACCAGAAAAGAAACCCAGAGGACGUCCUCCUAGGGCUCUAGCUGUGCAGAGAGUUGGCACUGAUAUUGAGACAGCCCCUUUACCUCUUGCCACAAUUCCUACAGAGAAGGUAAAACGACCACCAGGGAGGCCUCCUGGCACUGGAGAACAAAAAAGAAGAGGCCGCCCUCCUGCUUCUGCCAGCCAGAGGAGCUGGCAACAGAGCGGCCAUGCACUCCCUGAAGAGGAUGGGGAUGCAGAACAGGAGUGCAGCUCCAGUCCCACACACCACAAGGACAGUGUGGAGGACGAAGACAAGGAGAAAAGGCAAACUCUGCUUGUUCCUGGGUACCAUCGGGGAUCUGAGGCUAAGCUUCACAAAAUCAGCCGGGAGUCCAAGGUGACCAAACUAAAAAGAUUGCGGGAUGUCAAACUGAGCCCACUGAAGUCUAAGCUGAAGGCCAUUGUGAGGAAGAGUGUCCCAGUUCCUGGUGUGCGAAGACGGGGGCGGGGCAGGCCACCUUCUGCCGAGCGCCUCAAAGCUGAAGCUGCUGCCGCUGCUGCUCAGGCUGUUAAUGCCUCCUUGGCCCAGGAGAUGUCCACAAUGGCACCUGGGACUGCCAAACAUAAGGCCUUCAGAGUUCGUGCCCGAACUCCACAUGAUCUCAAGCUCAGGGCUUCUCAUCCUACUGAUGAACGCACUAGACCAGAUCCCCAUGACUCCCCUACAGUCAACCCAAUGACCCCAACUAAACACGAGAGGCCGUUAGGGUUACGUCAGAGCCCUCGCCAUAUCAAACCUGUGCGAGUCGUCCCUCCCUCCAAACGCACUGAUGCCACUAUUGCAAAGCAGCUGCUGCAGCGGGCAAAGAAGGGGGCCCAGAAAAAGAAGCUAUUGGAAAAAGAAGCUAUUGGCACCCAGGGAACUGCAGGUCUUGAGGGUGGGAAGCACAGGAGGCGAACGCAACUAACAAACAUCAGGCAAUUUAUCAUGCCUGUUGUGAGCACAGUGUCAUUGCGCAUUAUCAAAACUCCAAAGCGGUUUAUUGAUGAUGAGGGCAGUUUCAGCACUCCACCACCACACAUGAAAAUUGCUCGAUUGGACUCUGCAGCAUCUGCUCCAGCACCUCAACCCAUAACACCCGCCCCAGCUCUUGUUUCCACAGCUUCCAUCACAAGUGGAACCACUGCCCCACCCGGGGCAGGGCCUGCUGUGGACUCCCUCCCUCCUCCCCCACCUCCUGUCCUGACUGCCAGCGCCAACAACAUCGCAGCCAGUCUCCUUAACAGCAGCUGCAAUAAUAGCACUAGCAACGGGAGAUUCAGUAGCAGUGCGGCAUCUUGUGGCUCCAGCGCUGUUUCGCAGCAUUCCUCUCAGCUCUCUUCUGGCGAGUCAUCGCGCUCCAGCAGCCCUAGUCUUGAUGACUCCUCCAGUGAUUCCCAGGCCUCUGAGGGCACCCAGGCCCUCUCAGAAGAGGCAGAUCAUUCCCCUGCCUCUCAGGGAGAGACAGAAGCCAGCCUGCAUCAUGCCUCGCACCCACCAUCACCUCCAUCAGAGCCGGAGCCAGACCAUAUAGUGUUGAUGGAGCACAGCAGUCGGGGUCGUAGAAGUCAGAGUCAUAGACGGGGUGCUUUAGUGGCACGUGGUAGGGGCAACUUGAUUGGUGGAAGGAAACAGGCCAUCAUCAGCCCAGCCACAGGGGUUUCACAUGCUGGAUCUCAACAAGCCUCUUCCACGGCAUCGUCAUCCUCUUCCCCACCACCUCCUCCUCUUCUCAGCCCUCCUCAGGGAGCUUCAUCUAAUGCACCUGAGCAUCACUCCCACUCUCCAUGGAUGAUGUCACAUUCCAUUGCCCCUUUUCUGCCCACCCCUCCAAUACUCUCCAGCUCUCAUGACAAACGUCGCUCCAUACUACGAGAGCCCACUUUCCGCUGGAAGUCUUUGUCAUGUGCUGAAAAUAAGUACUUCUCCUCUGCCAAGUAUGCAAGGGAGGGCCUUAUCCGCAAGCCCACUUUUGACAACUUUCGUCCUCCUCCACUGACUGCUGAGGAUGUGGGCCUCAUGCCACCAGGACCUGGUGGAGGUGGUGUCGCACCAGGAGGAUUCCCAGUGCCUGGUGGUGCAGCUGGGACAGGUUCCAGACUUUUCUCCCCCCUGCAUCAUCAUCCUCACCACAAUCACCACCAGCACCACUCGUCGCGAUUUGAAACGCCACUUCAAAAGCGUAGCCCCCUACUACGUCCCCCUUUCUUCACUCCAAGUCCGGCUCAUUCCCGCAUCUUUGAGUCGGUCACCCUCCCAUCCUCAUCAGGGAGCAGCCCCGGCUCUCUGUCUCCACUUCAGGUUUCACCAACAUCAAACAAAAAUAGAAAGGGGUCUAGGUUCUCACGUGGGCAACCCAGGUCACCCUCGCACUCUAUGACUACCAGGAGCAGUCAGUCAGGAGUUCAAACAGGGAAAGCAUCUGAACAAUCCAUGAUUAGCAGUUCUGUUCCCAUAAGCGUGACUGGAAAUUCCAGUCCAUUGCCUGGAGUUGCAGUCCGUCCACUUGCUGCCAGUGCCUUAUCACAAGCUUCUUUCAGUGGCUUCCCCUCAGGCUCCAUCGGGCUUACGAGCCAUGGAGUUUCUGAUGGCCGGCGAGCAGCAGGAGGUCUCGGUGUGAGUGGGAGUUCUGCUUCAUCUUCACAGCUUUUUCCACGUUUUACCCCCAGUAAUCAAGGAUCAGGUGGGGGAACUGGAAAAGCAGGAAGGGAACAGAGCAUCUCUGCUACUAGAGACACAGGUACAAAAGAAAAGGAAAGGGAUAUGGAGAGGAAUAGAGAGCGUGAAAAGGAGAACAAAAGAGAUGGAAGGAAAGACUGGGAUAAAAGAGGGAAGAGCCUUCCAUCAGAGGCUUCCCCUAAUUCUACUUCCAGCCUCUUUCCAAUGGAGACCAGGGACAUUGAAGAAUCUCUCCACACCAGGACAAGGACACCUGGUCGAAAGAAGUCCGUCACAGUUGACUCUGGUGCAGAGGCCUCCCCAAGUGACUUUGCAGCAGUUCAACCUGUUGGGGCCUUGUCCUCCAAGGGUCGUCUGGCCAAAAAAGGCAGACCUUCAGAGAAGAGUAUUGAAGCGGAGGGAGUAGAGAGGGAGAAGGACAAGGAGAAAUUGAGUGCUCCUACCCAAGCAGGGCAGAUGGGAAAACCCCCAAACACCACAUCACUGGACUCUGUGUUAGAUCAUGCUGAGAAACAGCCAGUCACAGACAGGCGUGUCGCAAAACUGCUGAAAGAAGCUAAAGCUCAGCUCAAUAGGAUCGAGAAGAGAGAGGUACAACCUGGUGAUCAACCCAAAUUACCGGGUCAAGAGAGUGACUCUUCUGAGACGUCAGUCCGUGGUCCACGCAUUAAGCAUGUGUGUCGUCGUGCAGCUGUAGCUCUGGGUCGCAAUCGUGCUGUGUUCCCUGAUGAUAUGCCUACCCUUAGUGCCUUGCCAUGGGAGGAGAGAGAAAAGAUCUUGUCUUCCAUGGGAAAUGAUGACAAAUCAUCAGUGGCUGGAUCAGAGGCGGAGGAGCCACCCGCGCCUCCUAUUAAGCCAGUAACAAGGCAGAAAACGGUCCACGAGGCCCCACCCAGAAAGGGCCGGCGCUCUCGACGCUGCGGGCAGUGUCCAGGCUGCCAAGUCCCAAAUGACUGUGGGGUCUGCACUAACUGCCUGGAUAAGCCCAAGUUUGGGGGACGCAAUAUUAAAAAGCAGUGUUGCAAAGUACGGAAGUGUCAGAACUUGCAGUGGAUGCCAUCAAAGUUUCUUCAGAAGCAGGCAAAAGGUAAAAAGGACAGAAAGAGGAAUAAAUUGUCAGAAAAAAAGGAUUCACAUCACAAAUCUCAGUGUUCUGAAGCAAGCCCCAAGCCAGCCCCUCCUUCAAAAGAUGAACCUACCCAUAAGAAAAGUCAAACUCCACCGCCUACGCAGGGAGAGGACAAACAAAAGCAGUCACAACCUUCUGCCCCAUCCUCACCAGCUUCCUCCCCAAAGGACCCUCUGCUCUCUAGUCCUUCUGAUGACCCCAAACAUUCUCAAACCCCUUUGAGCUCAACCUUAAGAAAGGAACGGAAGCAGCAGCCCAGUUCUUCACCCCCUAUACACACUGCCCAAUCUUCCCCACCAGCAGAACAGUCCCAGCAGUCCUUGCAGCAGCAAAGCCAAUUGCCAGCAAAAAAGGAAGGUCUUGCAAAGUCCCAUCCCACUGAGCUCAAGAAGAAAUCUCAGCAACAAAGUCAGCCCAGUUCCACCACAGACACAGCAUCCGAAGCAAAGCUAAAGAAACCGACUACUCGAUGUGUUCAACCACUCAAGUCUAAACCAAAAGAAAAGGGGAAACAGAUACUCAAACCUGACUUUAAACUCACUAGUACUUUAAACUCCCAGAGCACUCCUUCGACUGAGGGCACCGCCAAGCAGAAAGCACCCUGCGAUGGAGUGCAUCGAAUCAGAGUUGAUUUUAAGGAGGACUAUGACAUUGAGAAUGUGUGGGACAUGGGUGGACUCAGCAUUCUCACCUCUGUGCCAAUCACCCCGCAGGUGGUGUGCUUUCUCUGUGCCAGCAGUGGUAAUGUAGAGUUUGUUUUCUGCCAGGUGUGCUGUGAACCCUUCCACCUCUUUUGCUUGGGGGAGACUGAACGCCCCCAUGAGGAACAGUGGGAGAACUGGUGUUGUCGCCGAUGUCGCUUUUGUCAUGUCUGUGGCCAGCAGUAUCAGAAAACCAAACAGCUACUGGAGUGUGACAAGUGCCGAAAUAGCUAUCACCCUGAGUGCCUGGGACCCAACCACCCUACCAGACCCACCAAGAAGAAAAGAGUCUGGAUUUGCACCAAGUGUGUGCGCUGUAAGAGCUGUGGAGCCACCAAACCAGGGAAGGCCUGGGAUGCUCAGUGGUCACAUGAUUUCUCUUUGUGUCAUGACUGUGCCAAACUCUUAGCUAAAGGCAACGUCUGCCCAUUCUGUAAUAAGUGCUUUGAUGACGAUGACUGUGAUGGCAAAAUGAUGAAGUGCAGGAAGUGUGAUCACUGGGUCCAUGCCAAAUGUGAAAGUUUAACAGAUGAUAUGUAUGAGCUAUUGUCUAACCUGCCUGAGACAGUGGCCUACACCUGUGUAAACUGCACUGAACCCCAUUCUGCUGAGUGGCACACUGUCUUGGAGAAAGAAAUUCAGAAGUCCAUGCGCCAAAUUCUCACUGCUUUGCUCAACUCCCGCACAUCCACUCACCUGCUUCGCUACAGACAGGCGGUUAUGAAGCCACCUGAGCUGAACCCAGAGACAGAAGAAAGCCUUCCCUCACGCCGUUCCCCAGAGGGCCCUGACCCCCCUGUGCUGACAGAGGUCUCUCCGCCAAAUGAUUCACCGCUCGAUUUGGAGUCUGUGGAGAAGAAAUUGGAUUCUGGACAAUAUAAAUCUGUGCUGGAGUUCAGUGAUGACAUUGUGAAAAUCAUCCAGACAGCUUUCAAUUCAGAUGGAGGUCAGCUAGAGAGCAGGAAGGCCAACAGCAUGCUCAAGUCCUUUUUUAUUCGGCAAAUGGAGCGGACUUUUCCAUGGUUUAAGGUGAAGGAGUCCAAAUUCUGGGAGACACACAAAGUCUCUCCUAACAGUGGACUUCUUCCCAAUGCUGUGUUGCCCCCUUCCUUGGACCACAACUAUGCCCAGUGGCAGGAGAGGGAGGAGAUAGCCAGGGCUGAGAAACCUGUGCUAAUGAAAAAGAUCAUCCCUGCUCCCCAUCCUAAAGCACCUGGAGAACCUGUCUCACCGAUUGCCCCCACACCACCACCUCCUCCACCCAUGGUUAUCCAUGACCACAGCCCUGAAGACAGCUUGGAUAUUCCCCCUCCUCCUGGUAUAGGUGACAAUAGACAAUGUGCGCUUUGUCUGAAUUAUGGAGAUGAGAAUACCAAUGAUUGUGGGAGACUGCUUUAUAUUGGCCAGAAUGAGUGGACCCAUGUGAACUGCGCACUUUGGUCAUCCGAGGUGUUCGAAGAUGUUGAUGGUGCACUCAAAAAUGUCCACAUGGCAGUCAGGAGAGGCAGAAAGCUGCAAUGUGAAAAUUGUCACAAACCCGGAGCCACGGUGAGUUGUUGUCUGACCUCCUGUACCAACAAUUACCAUUUCAUGUGUGCACGUAAGCAGCAGUGUGGCUUUUUAGAGGACAAAAAGGUUUACUGUCAGCAUCACAGAGAUCUCAUAAAGGGCGAGGUGGUGCCAGAUUCAGGCUUUGAAGUUACUAGGAGGGUCCUUGUGGACUUUGAGGGAAUAAGUCUGAGAAGAAAGUUUGGUAAUGGGCUUGAACCAGAUAACAUCCACAUGAUGAUAGGGUCUAUGACCAUUGACUGUCUUGGUAUGCUAACUGAACUGUCUGAUUGUGAGAGGAAGCUGUUUCCUGUGGGAUACCAAUGCUCAAGGGUCUACUGGAGCACUCUAGAUGCCCGCAAGCGCUGUGUCUAUAAAUGUAGAAUUUUAGUGUGCCGCCCCUCUAUGACUGAAACUAUCAAUAACAACACAGCAGCUCAAGAAGUAAACCACACAAUUGCUCAUAGUCCUUCACCUGUUUCAGCUGAGGUGGAUGCUGCGUUGAUUGGACCCACAGAUUCCACAAAACGAUCAAAUGUGCCUUCCACACCAAAUCCAAGGGUUUAUUUUAGGAACAGACACCCAAGCUACCCUCCAUGUCAUCGUUCUCCCUCAACCAGACCACUUCCAUCCCCAGAUGGUUUCAGUAGUUCAGCCCAUGAAAUUGUGACUGUGGGUGACCCUCUGCUGAGCUCCACUCUACGAAGCAUUGGAUCUCGUCGACACAGCACUUCCUCCAUCUCUGCUCAACAACCUAAGCAAAAGGUUUCCUCUCCUCAACAGGGAGGCACAGUAUCCAUUCAGACAGGCAAUUCAUCUGCUCCAUCCCUGUCCUUAACCACAAAGGAGACUUUAACUAGGGACACAGACAAAGGAAGGGCACCAUCUGGAGAGAGAUCUCACAAUCGAGAGGCAAAUUCAUUGAACGCUGGGGCACAGCAUCGACUCAGUUUUGGUUUCACUGAAAGAAAAGAAGCAACCAAAAAGCAGGCAGAUGGUGAGAGUUUGAAGUCAUCACAACCAGUUAGCAUAAGUCAGGUGUCACCACCUCUUGGAACUGCGAAACAGGCCACAAAAGAUACUGACCUACCAGCCGGGGCCACUUUUAUUUCCAGUCAUCCACUUGCCACGCUUCCUAAGGACAAAGCUAAUCCAGUCAAGGAAGGAAAUGUGACAUCAGUGGCUAUAUCAAAAGACACAGGAAAGACUGGGUCUCCACAACCGGUUUACAGCAAAAGUAGGAAAUCUCACUACUUUGCAUCUGGUCCAGCAGCAGUGAAGCCACUCUGGUCAUCUGGUGCCAAGGUGGGAGAGGAGGACAUAAAGCGUGGCUUCCAGGCAAGUGCUCCUGUCACUACUAGUCAUGGAACCUCUAGCACCAAAGAAAAACACUCCAAAGUCAAAAUGAAUGUGAGCAGGGAUGUUUCAAAAGAAAGAAAAGAGACUGCUAAAAACCAAAACCCAGUUCUUAACAGCAACUCUAAAAGCAGUAAUAUUAAAACACAAGGUCAGGGUCCACCUCCUCACAACAGUAGCAAUAAAGCCACAGCACUCAGCAGCAACACGGGGUCUAGCACAGUGGAAGUAAAUAUAUUUGAUCAGAAAGAAAUGGAGAAGCCAUUAAAAUCCAAAGAGAAAUUUAGCUUAGAGAAAAAGCAUAGUUCAGCCAUUGAUGCUAUUCUGCCGAAAGCAGGGUCUGAAAGAGGUAUAAGGGCACCACAGGUACACCCUAAAUCAAGUAAGGAAGUUACUCCAGUGGUGAAGAAACACAAUGAGAGGCUGCCUUUAAUAUCUCAGAAAAUUGAUCCUAAUGGAACCAAAGCUGUCAGCAUUCCCCCUAACACAAACACAUACAGUUCUGUCACCCCUAGCAGCCAGGGCCCCCAAAGAAGAUCCUCUCGAGCUAUGGUUUUCUCCCCAUCUGCAAGCUCUGAAAGCUCCGAAUCAGACAGCCACACUCACCCAGACGAUUCUGAGGAGCACCUUAUGGACCAGCAAUGUGCCGAUGUUGGGGAGGACCAUAAUUUAGAGGAUGAAGGCAGUGUUGAUAAGCACCAUGAGGAGGAUAGUGAUGGUUCGGCAGGUUCAGCAAAGCGCAGAUACCCAAGGCGGAGUGCUCGUGCUAGAUCAAACAUGUUCUUUGGGCUAACCCCAUUCUAUGGUGUGCGAUCAUACGGGGAGGAAGACAUACCGUUCUACAGAACUGGUGAAAUCUCCAUGAAAAAGCGCACUGGGAGCAGCAAGCGUUCAGCUGAAGGACAAGUUGAUGGGGCAGAUGAUAUGAGCACAUCUUCUUCAGCAGACAGUGGAGAGGAUGAAGAAGGAGGAAUUGGUUCAAAUAAGGAUGCAUAUUAUUACAACUUUACACGCACUAUAAUAAACCCAAACUCUGGUCUUCCACCUAUUGCAGGUAUUGAUCAGUGUUUGGGAAGAGGGUCGCAGAUCCACAGGUUCUUGAGGGACCAGGCAAACGAGCAAGAAGAUGAUAGUGAUGAGGUGACAACAGCAACCAGGAAUUUGGAGCUGCAACAGAUUGGCCAGCUGGAUGGUGUGGAUGAUGGUUCUGAGAGUGAUGUUAGUAUAAGCACCAGCAGCACAACCACUGCUACUACUUCGUCAACACACAAAAGUUCAACAAAAAGAAAAGGUAGAGAAAGCAGGACAGAGAAAAUGAGCAUCGACCCAGGGAAGGAGACAGAAAAUACUCCAAGUGGGAACAGUCGUGACAGUCGUAAAAAUCAAAAGGAUAACUGUCUUCCAUUAGGGAGUGUGAAAACACAAGGCCAAGAUCCCCUUGAAACUCAACUGUCACUCACCACAGAUCUCCUCAAAUCUGACUCUGAUAACAACAACAGUGAUGACUGUGGUAACAUCCUACCCUCUGAUAUUAUGGAAUUUGUACUCAAUACCCCUUCAAUGCAGGCUUUGGGACAGCAGACUGAAGCUCCUUCUACCGAACCAUUCUCUUUAGAUGAGAGUUACGGGGUGGAUGUUAACCAAAGAAAGGACAUGCUUUUUGAAGAUUUCACUCAGCCACUGGCCAGUGCUGAACCUGUUGAGAGUGGAGUGAACACCUCCAUUGCUGUUGAAGAGUCAUAUGGUCUUCCCCUUGAGCUGCCCUCUGACCUCUCUGUGCUGACAACUCGAAGUCCCACUGUAAAUAAUCAAAAUCACAGCGCGCUGAUCUCCGAAACCUCUGACCGCACCAUGUUGGCUCUGGCCACAGAGGAAUCAGGAGUUGAGAAAAGCGUGAAGAAACCAAGAACAGGGUCCACAGUAUCCAGCAAAAGCCCACAAGACAGAUGUGCAGAUUCCCAGGUUCCAGAAGGUCACAUGACUCCAGAACACUUCAUUCCUGCACGCAUUGAUGGUGACCAUAUCACGAGUCCUGGAGUAGCACCUGUGGGCGAGACAGGGAACCAAGAUCUGACAAGGAAUAGUAGCACACCAGGUCUUCCCAGUUCACCCACGUUACCUCUCCAGAGUCAAAAGUUCAUCCCUGCUGCCACUGUUAGCACAGGUCCAGCUCCGAUUGCAAGCUCUGCUGUUCAAGCUACCGCCUCUCAAUUGAAGCCUGGCCCAGAGAAACUGAUAGUCCUCAAUCAGCAUCUGCAGCCACUCUAUGUAUUGCAAACCCUUUCCAAUGGUGUAACCCAAAAGAUCCAGAUUGCACCAUCUGUUAGUGCAACAGGUGUCAUGAACACUAGUGCCUCUGUCUUGACAGGCCUCAGUGGUAGCAUCUCUACCUCUCAGUCCAUUUUUCCUGCUGGCAGCAAAGGUUUAGUGCCUGUUUCUCAUCACCCACAAAUCCAUGCAUUCACAGGCACCACUCAGACAGGUUUCCAGCCAGUGAUUCCUAGCACCACGUCAGGCCUUAUCAUAGGAGUCACCUCCCACGAUCCCCAGAUUUGUGUGACACAGGCAGGAAAUAGGCAUGAUCAUGCCUCUGGUGUUGCAAUGGUAUCUAGUCCUUCAUCUAUUACCCCAGCUCCAACUAUGCUCCCCUCUGGACAUGGCAAGAAACGCCUUAUUUCUCGUCUUCAGAGCAAUAAGAGCAAAAAACAGGCUCGUCCAAAGACCCAACACAAACUUGCUCCUGAUGUUGGUCCCAAUAUGGCCCUUAUAAACUUGUCACCUUCACAAAUUGCUGCUGGAAUCCCUCCUCAGACAGGUCUGAUGGAACUGGGCACUAUAACUGCAACACCUCAUCGAAAGAUACCUAACAUUAUAAAACGGCCAAAGCAAGGGGUGAUGUACUUGGAGCCUACUCUCCUUCCACAGCCCAUGCCCAUUUCAACCACAGCUCAGCCUGGCAUGCUAGGACAUGAUUCUUCGACUCACCUGCUUCCGUGCACUGUGUCAGGGCUCAACACCAGUCAGUCAGUUUUGAAUGUGGUGUCUGUGCCUCCCACGGCACCUGGAAACUUUUUGGGAGCGAGCUCUGUAUCGUUGAGUGCCCCAGGUCUCAUGAAUUCAACUGAGAUCACAGGAUCUAUAAGUAACCUUCUUAUCAAAGCGAACUCUCACAACCUGGGCCUUCCAGAACAACAGAUGGUUCUUCAUUCAAGAACCCCCAUGAUGUCUCAUCUUGCUAAUCCUGCCCAGACAUCCAUUACCAGUAGCAUCUGUGUGUUUCCCCCAAACCAAAGCAUAAGCAUGUCUAUCAACCAGCAGGUGGAGAAAGAGGGUAGCAUUCAUCUCCAGCACCCAGUCAGUCGAGUCCUGUCAGAUAAAACCCUUGACCCAAAUGUCAAUUCAGCUGGUCAAGUGGCUCUUGCCCCUAAUCCCAUCGCUCAAGAUCUGAACAAAAGUCAUGUUGUUGGUGUCCUCACUCAGAGUUCACGAACUUCUCCCAUUUCUCGACCACCACAUCAGCAACAGUCCUCAAAGUUACCUGCUGGAGCAGCAUCCACAGCCAUUGGGAAGGGAAAGCAAAAGGCCAAAAGACCUCGGCCAAGCCCAGAUAAGAGCAGUGGAAAGAAACACAAAGGACUCCACUCAGAUACACCAACUGUUGACGCAUCUGCAAUUCAGUUAUCAUACUUACCAGGGGACCGGGAACUUUCAUCGCCUGAGCCAAUGGAUACAGGGCAGUCAAAUGAAACGGGUUCAAAAACAAAUGACUCUGCAACUAAGACAGCCGAUUCUUCAACUCUUAAACGUAAAACCAUGGACACUCGUGAUGAGAAGCCAAAGACUGCAGGACUGCCUAGUAAGGGUGAUGGGAAAGGAUCUAAUACAUUUUCAGUGGAAACACCUGAUCAAAGGGAGAGUGGCAGAGACUCCUCUCUGGACUACAAGCCCAAGAAAGGGCUCAUAUUUGAAAUCUGCAGUGAUGAUGGAUUUCAGAUUCGCUGUGAAAGUAUUGAGGAGGCCUGGAAGUCCCUGACAGAUAAAGUGCAAGAAGCCCGGUCCAAUGCUAGACUCAAGGCACUUUCAUUUGAUGGAGUAAAUGGGUUGAAGAUGCUCGGUGUGGUUCACGAUGCUGUAGUGUUUCUACUUGAGCAGCUAUAUGGAGCCAGGCAUUGCAGAAACUACAGAUUCCGCUUCCACAAACCUGAGGAGUCAAAAGAUCCUCCUGUCAACCCUCAUGGAUCUGCACGUGCUGAGGUGUACCACAGGCGAUCAGUUUUGGACAUGUUUAAUUUCCUGGCCUCCAAACACCGUCAGCCUCCUGUAUAUAACCCCCAGGAGGAAGAAGAUGAGGAGAUGCUGCAGAAGUCUGCUCGACGGUCCACUAGCAUGGACUUACCACUGCCUAUGAGGUUUAGGCACCUAAAGAAAGCAUCCAGGGAAGCUGUGGGUGUCUACAGAUCAGCCGUACAUGGCAGAGGUCUGUUCUGCAGGAAAAACAUUGACGCUGGAGAGAUGGUGAUCGAGUAUUCUGGCAAUGUCAUUCGCUCUGUCCUCACUGACAAGCGGGAGAAAUACUAUGACAGCAAGGGCAUUGGGUGCUACAUGUUCCGUAUCGAUGACUAUGAGGUUGUGGAUGCCACUAUGCAUGGCAAUGCAGCUCGAUUCAUUAACCACUCAUGUGAGCCCAACUGCUACUCCCGCGUGGUCAGUGUUGAUGGUCAGAAGCACAUUGUCAUUUUCGCCACACGUAGAAUCUAUAAAGGCGAGGAGCUCACGUACGAUUACAAGUUCCCCAUCGAAGAACCAGGCAAUAAGCUGCCUUGCAACUGCGGGGCAAAGAAGUGUCGCAAGUUCCUCAAUUGAAAGCAAACUCAUAAGCUAAUGCUGUCUGUGAAUGCUAUCAAGAGGUUUUCUUGCCAGGGAAGAGACAUUUUAAAGGUUUUUUUUGUUUGUUUGUUUUUUUCACUGAAGCAGGCUCAGGUUAUCAGAAGGUUAAUGGUAUUGUGCCUCUUAAGUUGGCGGAGCGGAGUCGCAAUGGAGAAGAUUGCCCUUGUGUCCCUUUUAUUAAUGCCCAAUUUAAGAGAUUAGUGCCCCUCAUUCUUAACUUUUGUAUCAGAUCUUUUAUUUUACCGUUUAGUUUUUGUUAAAAAAAAUUUAAGUAACUUUUUUAAAGUUUUACAUUUGUAAUAAGUCGAGUCUGGCCUGCCCUUAUUUACUGAGUGUGACAAAUUACUGAAAAAUUGCCACAUUGUUCCAUUCUACACCAAAGUGCAAUUUUGGAAGGGAAAGAUUUUAUGUUUUAGAUUGACGGUACAUAAUCUUUUUUUUUUUUUGCCUGACCUGUUUAGACAUCUCUCACUUUUUGAAUGUACAUCGAAGCCUUCAGAGCAUCCAUGGUCGUCCUUGCUAAAGCUGGGCCUGAUUCUCUGUAUGGAAGACACUGUAAAUAUCUCAUAGGAGAGAUGAUGAGGGGAAACACUAGGGGGAGCAGUGGUCCCGGGCUGUGCGGCUGGCAGGUUGAGAUCCUGGUGGACUGACUAAUGGACCAUUUCUGAGAUCUGGGGGGCGAAUAAAGUGCUUUUAUUUACUAUCCGUUUUUAUAGUAAUUCAGAGAGAGAAAUUAGCUUAAUUGUAUUGUAUUGCAAAGAAGUAUAAUUUGCAUGUUGUUACAAAAUCUCAUAGGAUUUUAGUGAGUCUAGUUGCUAUUACCAGUUUAUUUAUUGUGUCUCACCAUUAGGGAGUUUUUUUUAACUUACUCUCUAGGCCCGUAUUUGUGUAUAAAAUUAUAAGAUUAAGUUUUUGAGGCAGUUUAAAAAGUAUUUUUGUUGUUUCAUGUCACUGACAGAAAUAUCAUUCGUUGAAUAAUGUAAAUAAUAUGUAUAUUUUUCUAUACAAAUGGCUAAAAAAGCACUCAUUGGUGAAUAGCACUUAACAAUGGUAUUUAUAUUUUUUAUAAUACAUUGUAUUUAUUUUAUCAACAUUUUUGUAGGAAAGAAUCGAUAUAGAACACUAAUGGUUUGUCCAGACAUUUUUAUAGCACUCUCUCAAGAUUUUUUUUGUUUUGUUUUUUAGCCCAAAUGUUUCUUUCUAUUCCAAAGAUUGAAGCAGUUACUGUUCCCACAGAGUACGGUCCACCAGUGGCUCUCAUUGCCAAGCCAGGUCAAGCAUGGACAUUUCAAAUAGGUGCGUAGGUUAAGUGAGCUUUUUCUAAGUGCAGAUCGAUUUUAUGUGACUCUCCUUUUUUUUUUUUUUUUUUUUUUUUUUUCUCACCAGCCUUAAAAUCACAUGCAAGAACAGCCCAUCUUCCCUUAAAAGUCCCUCUUUGCAUUGGAGGACAGAUGCAUGAAAUCCUCCUCUAGCAUUCUAGCAACUGAUAAGUCCCAAAGUCUAUUCCAUAUAUUUUGUUAUAUCAAAAUAUUUUCUUAGAGAUUGGUGUAAUGCAAGGAAUCGCCACAGAGGCUAUACCAUGUAAAACUACUUGUAAAGCACUAUAUAUAUGGAGGAGGAGAGGGCGGAGGGCUCUUGUUUCCUCACGUUCUUGUGCACUGAAGAUCAGUCUUCUUCCCAGUCUUCUUCAACACAUGUUGCCUUGGCACUGCAUGGACGCUCCAGCCAGCCAUUCAGUCAAUGCACAUUAUUUGCUCCUGUCAUCUCUUUGUUUUCUUGUAAACGUCCACACUCCCCGCACCUAUUCCCAUCUGGGCCCUUUUCAGAGCUCGAGUUUAGAUUGACCCCUAUUUGAAUAAGGCUAAGACAGAUGUGGCUUUUGUUUACUUUUGUGGAUGUUCUGUGGAUUGCACUUCCAUGGUUCUUCCGUCUUUCAGAUCAGAAGUUUGGUGCCUUCUCUGUAAAUUUCGUUUUUUGGGUGUUUAGAACUUGUUCGGACAGUCAGCUGAGGAGCUCCAGACUAUGGAGAAACAUUCAAAGCUGUUUUAACUAGGGCACAAACAGAUUCCACUUAAAAUUUGAGACUCGUUUUAUGUCUUCUGGUAAGUUAUGAUGAUUUUUAAAAGGAUGCUGUAGCACAAGAAUGGCUUGGGAUCUGUACAUACCUCUAGACGAAGCUGCUUUGUGCAACCGUGGCUUUCCUUAGUGAGCCGCUUUUAAGGCCAGUUCCUCUGUGUAUAAUUGCCUCGUAAGUUUAACUCUAAAACAGUUUUUUUCCUUGGCCACUGCAGACCCCCUCCAGCCCUCACUGUACCUGGCUGCAAUAAUUUUGACUUUUCCAAUCCCAGCAUUUCACUUUUGACUAUGGCACUGAAGAUCAGAGUUCUGUACGUUUCCUCACAUUGAACAUUUGUUGGCUGCUGCCUCAUAAUCGUAUACGUGUUUAUACUGAUCAGAAUAUGCGGUUUAGCCAUCUUUUUCAGGGAUUCUUGUGGGGGUCUCGCCCAACUUUCCUCUCGCCCCGGCACCCCUGUGGAACAGGACGUGCUGAACUCUGCAGCUAGGCCGUUGUUGAAUGUAUUGUCGAGUUUUGUUUUGUUUUGAUUUUGAUUCUUUUUUUUUUUUUUCAACAUGAAAGGCUGGGAAGAUACGGGACAGCUUUUUAUUGCAUAAAAUAGGAGGAUUAUACAGCAGGGUUCUACAGAAACUAUUGCUCAGUCUAACGAAAUAAUAAGAUUUUUAUUUUAUUAAUAUAUAUUUUUUUUGUAAUGCAGUUACUAAUCCUAAGGGCUUUGUAAUAGACUCCUGCACAGACAUCAAUACAACGUCAGAUGCUCCAUAAACUGGUAUAACAGCGCUCGGUCAGUGUUUCAGAAGCAGACAUGGUCUGUGGUUUUCCUGGACUUUACUCUUCCACACCACGCAAGUGGUACCACACCUUCUCCUGUAAUUAUAAUCAUCAGUAAAUAUGUAUACAAAAUAUACAUGGAUAUAUUUAAACUAAACGUGUAUGAAUAGUAACUUGUACUUCAAUAUCUACACAAUAUACGGAAUGGACAGACAAACUUAGUAACAGUAGCAAACAGCAGCUUCAUAAUGGUUAAUUGCAAUGUUCAGUGUAUAAUCUAUAAUGGUUUUGUGUUACAGAUAAACUUUAGAGUAACUAAUGUGCAUCAUUUUAAUAUCAAUAUCAAGUAUCAGUUUUCCUGUGCCUGUGUAUGUUCCCUCAAUGGAGCAUUGCAGUUUUUUUAUUUUCAUUUGUUUUAACUUUUAUUUUAUUUUAUUUUUUUCGGAAAGGAGCGGUAUUUAUAUUAUGAAACGAGUUCAUGUAAAAUGUGGUUGUAAACUUUUUGAGCAUUGAUCAUUUGUUUGCAUUUGAUGGUGUAAUCGGCUUUAUUUUACUCUGUACAUGUUUAACAGUUUGUGGACAUCAGGACAAAAUGUCCUUGCCUAAACCCAGCUAUGUCCACCUAUACCUCUCUCUCCUAUUGGAUCUUAAGUUGUACUUUUUCUUAUGUGAUGUUCUGUAAUGAGUAAUGGUUACCAUUCUAUUUAUUUAUUUCUGCAAACAUCUCUAGACGUACACUGAGGUAAAGUUCCUUCUGAGAGCAGGUGACUGCGCUCCCUGUUUUUGGAAUUUUAACAUGGUUCACUUUGUACAGAAAUGAGUUGCGGACCAUCGGAAUUACUUUAGGAGUCAGAAAGGUCUUGAGAGGGAGAGAUUUGAACUCCUUCCUCUUGGUUCCUCAAAGAUCCUUUGUCUUACCAACACUUCCUUUCCCCUGUAGCUUCGAGAGAUCAUGUUGAUGUUAAUACCGACAGUUUUAAUUUCUUAUUUUUUCUCCAAGUUGCCCCAUCAGUGUUUUACCAUUUUACAGAAAAAUGAAGGAAAAUCUUAAUCUAAAAUAUUCAACCACAAACUACUUAAGGAUGAAUGUAUAAUGAGGAAAAAAAUUGUACAUAACAACUGUAAAAAGGAAAAUUUCUAAUCAUGUUUAUUUUCUAUGCACUUUUUUUAUUUAAGUGAUAGUUUAAAUAAUAAACAUGUCUUGUUUACUCAAA